CUUCGUUUUCCACAAGAUGGCUGAGUGCGAGUCACCUGACAGUUGAUAAAAACCCGGAUGCAGUGGGCAGCUCUGCUGACUGCUACAGUCUUCCAUAUUUGGGGACGUCUGUAUGCUUUGAGGUGGGCGGUCCUAACCUCUCUCUACAGGAGGAUAGGGUGCAGAACUUUGAGAGAUUUGGGCGUAUGCAUAAUGUGGCGGGGCCUCCACCUGCUGAAUGAACCCCGUCAGUGUUGGGGAGUACCAUGGGCUCCGGGUGGGAUCCGCCGUGCUCAGCAUCGUGGCGGGCUGCAUCAUCGUCGGGGUUUCCACGCAGUGCGACGCUCACGCUGUCGGAGGGAUCUUCCUGGGAGCGGGAGGCCUCGGCCUGCUCAUAUUCAUCUCCCCCUUCAUUAAAGACUGGCUGAACACCAACCACAUGCUUCCAUCCUUCGGAAACUUCAGAGUGCACCCCACGGCUGCCAACCCCGCUCCGGAUCAACCCGUGGAGACGCUGAGAAGAGAAGGGACCCAGAGCCAGCUCAACCUGGAGCGCUCUAAGAGUCGAAUGGGAACCUUUGUGGAGGGCGGGCCGGCGGCUGAGGCCAACCCGGACGAGGGGACAUCUGCAGACAUACCAGACCUCUUAGCUAGACGGAAACUGAAGCAGCCAGCGUCUGAUCAAGACCUGCCAUGAUGUCAUCAAAAGGCCCGACUGACCGAUAUUAUUUGACUUCCCCGAUAAAUCCUCUUCAUGAGCUGGCUCUCGAAAGCCGACGCAAGGGACACAAGAUAAUGAUCUUCUGUGGAAUUGUGGCUUGUUUGUGGAGAUGAUCUCACGAGAGUGUGCUUGUGUGGCCUAAUAAACACCUCCGAAGAUCCCCCGUUGUGAUUGUUUGGAGAAGUAACUCCAAACUUGCUGCCAACGAGUGGAACAAAUUAAACCCGUGUAGUCCCACUUGUGCGCGGCUCAUCUCGCCAUCUCAGAAUGUUCUCAGCCGCCAAUUAAGAAGCGGUAACGGUCGUUAUGCGCCGGUGGGACUCGUACAAGACUCGGCUCGAGUUCCCCAGCUUGUAUUUCUCGCACGAGGAAAACAAAUUGGAAUACACGUGUGCAGAAAUGGCCGACACACAAGCGGCUGCGUCCCCGUGCAUGUGCACACUGAACUGCAGCCCCCACGCCUCGGCAGUGAAGCAUAAGGCAUUGAUAUAUUCAAGACAGCACAGAAUGGCUGCUCCACGGCUCCGCCAAAAGAAACACUGUGACCUCAACCAGAGCGAGUUAAAGGGAUUAGCAAUUAAAACACGCCUGAGUGAAAACCAGAAGGCGUGAAAAACCUUAAAACCAGAAGUGAGAACAUUUAAAGGGCCAGUACACCCUAAUCACAAUCUGAAGCCCACAUUUUCUGAAUUACCCCGACAGAUAAUCCAAAAAUAUUGUUUCUUUUAAUCUUAAGAGAUUUUAAAGUCUCUAUCUCUUCCGCCGGAAACUAAAAACACAUCUUUACCGACUAUGUCUUGAAUAAAAACAGAAUGGCACCUACUUAAGGUAUUACUUAGUGUAUUACUUAUGGUAUUACUCAUGGUAUUACUUAUAAACUUAUUGUAUUACUUAUGGUAUUACUAAUGGUAUUUUUGUAGUUUGGCUUUCUUGAAGAAAUGCUGCUUUCUUGAUUCUUGUUGUUCUGAGUUUUUACUCAUGGUUGAUGAACUUAUUGUAAGUCGCUUUGGAUAAAAGUGUCAGCUAAAUGACACGUAAUGUCAUGUAAUAAUGAAGUAUCCAGCUCGGAGAACGUCCCACCCUGUUAGUUCUGUGUGUCUCCAGUGUCUGUUGAUUGCUCAUGCCCUACACCUGUGGUUUCCCACUUUUCAGCCUCCCUGAUUGCUCAUGCCCUACACCUGUGGUUUCCCACUUUUCUGCCUCCCUGAUUGCUCAUGCCCUACACCUGUGGUUUUUCACUCUUCUGCCUCCCUGAUUGCUCAUGCACUACACCUGUGGUUGACCCCUUAUAUAUACUGCCAUUAUUUCCUGUGUCCCCUGCCAGACUGUUGUCAUUGAUUCCUGUUGUUUAGUCCUGUAUGUUCUUCCUGUUGUAAUUCCUUUUGGUAAAUCCUGUGUCUCA